AUGGUGGCUGUGAGUGAGAUUCGCAAGGUUCAAAGGGCAGAAGGCCCUGCAACUGUAUUGGCGAUUGGCACAGCAAAUCCAUCAAAUUGUGUUGAUCAGAGUACAUAUGCAGAUUAUUAUUUUAGAGUAACCAAUAGCGAACACAUGACCGAUCUCAAGAAGAAGUUUCAACGCAUUUCAAAGAAUGAUAAUUUAAAGAUUGUAAUCUUCUUGUUAUUAUUUUUUGUAAGCAACAAAAGCGAACAACUGAGUUCCGCAGACUAUAUAUGCGAAAUCAUAAGAAACCAUUUGGCCAAUCUUAAUAAGUAUCGUGAUCAACGUGACAGGCCAGAUCUUUCAGCUCCGGAGAGCUUGCAACUGUAUCUGGAUACAAAGUUUGAGCAGCUGAAAAUUGCAACAGAACUCGAACUUUGGAAGCUUUUAAAUCUGUUGAAGAAAUACAUGGACUGA